UGAGGAGGAGGGGGGACGACAAGCAACGUAAGCCAAAGUAGCAAACACAAAGCAAAGCUAAAGAGAGAAAGAAGCGGCUGCUUCCCGUACAAUUCACGCAUAUCUUCCAAAGCCCAAGAGGCUAUCUCCCCACUUUCGCCAUGGACUACGGCCCCUCUUUGCCUUCUCCGUCACCGCCACUGCUUCUCCAACCCUUUCCAUUGGCGGUGGAGCCCAACCACCUCCCAUCUGACACUUCCUCCUCCUCCUCCUCCCUAUCCUUCAGCCCGAGCCUCCUCAUCAUCGCCGCCAUCCUCGCCUGCGUCUGCGUCGCCUCCGUGUCUAUCCACCUCAUCCUCCGACUCCUCUUCUCCUCCCGCCGCUCCUCCUCUUCAUCCUCCUCCGUCGCUGCGGCGUCGCUCCUCGUCAGCUCACGCUCUGCCUCCGCCUCUGUCACGUCCACCGCUGACCCGAGCUCCGAUCCAGUGAAGUCGGCGCUGAUCGACUCCCUCCCCAUCUUCAAUCUCUCCUCCUCCCUCGCCGCCCUCCCCAAAUCCUCGCCGGACUGCGCCGUAUGCCUCCGGCCCUUCGGCCCCGAUGAGGACCUACGCCUGCUUCCCGCCUGCCGCCACGCCUUCCAUUCCGGCUGCGUCGAGCCCUGGAUCCGGAAAUCCCCUUCAUGCCCUCUCUGCCGCGCACCAGUCACCCUCCCGCCGCCGCCUCUACCCUCGGUUGCGUCGCACACGCCCUGCGAGGACCCCCCCAUGUCCCGAAGCUUUGACGUCGAGAUCGGCAGCGCUAGCAGUCGGGCCCCGGGAGACGUCUUAUCCCGGAGAAACCCGUCCCUUCCUACACCGCAGUCGUCGUCGUCGUCGCGCCACCAAACACACUCGAUCGGCUCGUCGUUCGACCACAUGAUGAACGAGGAAGAGGAGGACGUGGAGGCGGUAGUGCAUCGGAUACCUAGGCGACAGGACGCCGAUUCCGCUGCCUCAGGGCCCGUGGCGGCGGGGCCGUCAGGCGAAGGGUCGAGGGGGUGGCUGAUGGACUACGUGGACCGGCUCUCAUCGUCUUCGUUCCGGUUCUCCGGUCGUUGGAGCCACCUCUACGACGACGGCGGCGACCGGGAAUCCGCGGAACCGGAGGGAACCGCGAGGCGGGAGACGGAGGAGGAGGACGACGACGACGGCGGUGGCGGCCUGGCUGCUCUCUACAUGUGGGUAACAGGGGUAUAGUCGUCAAUUCGUUCCCUCCCUUUCGUCUAACCCCACUCGCCAGCGGCCACUUAAGCUUCCAUGGAAUGGUUUGGGUUUCCCCGUUAUCACAUCUACAGUGACGCCGUCGGCGCCGCCACUAACCAAAUGGACGGCUGAGAUCUGAGAGCCCGAGAUGUUCCGAAACUUGAGGAACAAGAUCGGACCAUCGUUCUUAUUCAUUUACUACUCUCUUUAUUUCUUCUGUUUCAUUUGGACAUGUUUCGUGGUUAUCGCAACGGAACGGAGUUUUGUGGAUCGAUUGGGAAUGUGAAGCAGUGCCGGUAUGGUACCAAAUCGGGGUUGAUUCCAUAGUCGGCGUGACCCGAGUCUCCGAGGAUCGCUGGUGAACAAUGACACCGAUGGAAUAGAGAAAUAUCAGAUUCGUCCAUGUCUAUUCUACCCUGUCAACUUCCUUCCAUUGAACCAACCCCACGGAGAGUUGGGAGAAGAAGAUAAUUGAGUUGGGGGUGUCAGUAGUCGAGAUGUAACUUGCAAGUUAAGGACGUAAGUAAGGGAGUCGUUGAAACGGAACAAGAAACAAGUUCUAUUUUCAA